GGAACUGAAAAGAAGUCGGCUGGUACAGCGACCCGGAGCGGGAUACCCAGGGCAUCCGCUACCACGCGAGUCGAUCCCUCAGACGAAGCGGAAGCCUUGCGUUCCCACAGACGACUCAGGCAAGGAUCCUGGGGCGUCAUGGCCGCGGGCAGUGAGGACAGCGCAGCUUCAGCUCCAGCGACCUCUGACGGUGGUGUCAACAAAAGCCCGAAAUCUAGGGAGGAGCUAGUACUAGUCCAGGUUCCUGUGGUGGAUGUGCAAAGUGACAACUUCAAGGAGAUGUGGCCAUCCCUCCUUCUGGCCAUAAAGACAGCUAGCUUCGUGGCUGUGGACACGGAGCUAAGCGGGCUUGGGGACAGGAAGAGUUUGCUGAACCAGUGCAUCGAAGAACGUUACAAAGCCGUGUGUCAUGCUGCCAGGACCCGUUCUGUCCUCUCUCUGGGGCUUGCCUGCUUUAAGCAGCAGCCAAACAAGGGUGAACACUCCUACCUAGCCCAGGUUUUUAAUCUUACCCUGCUGUGCAUGGAAGAGUAUGUUAUAGAACCAAAGUCUGUGCAGUUCCUGGUACAGCAUGGCUUCAACUUCAACCGGCAGUAUGCCCAGGGCAUCCCUUAUCAUAAGGGCAACGACAAGGGUGAUGAGAGUCACAGCCAGUCAGUUCGGACACUGUUCCUGGAGCUGAUCCGGGCCCAGCGGCCGCUCGUGCUACAUAAUGGCCUUAUAGACUUGGUGUUCCUGUACCAGAACUUCUAUGCACACUUGCCUGACAGCUUGGGAACCUUCACUGCCGACCUGUGUGAGAUGUUCCCUGCAGGCAUUUAUGACACCAAAUAUGCUGCUGAGUUUCAUGCCCGCUUCAUGGCCUCCUACUUAGAAUAUGCCUUCAAGAAAUGUGAGCGGGAAAAUGGGAAGCAGCGGGCAACUGGCAGCCCACACCUUACCCUGGAGUUCUGCAGCUAUCCUUCUAGCAUGAGGACCCAUAUUGACUACCGCUGCUGUAUGCCCCCUGCCACCCACCAUCCUCAUCCCAGCAGUGUCUGUGACAACUUCUCGGCCUACGGCUGGUGCCCCCUGGGACCACAGUGUCCUCGAUCCCAUGAUAUUGACCUUAUCAUUGACACUGAUGAGGCCAUGCUGGAGGACAAGCGGCGACGGCGGCGACGUAAGGAAAAACGGAGGAGGGCUUUGUUGAGCAUGCCUGGGACACGGACUUCUAGGGAAGCUGAGGAUUGUCCUCCCACCAAGCAGGUCUGUGGAGACAGCCUCAAGACUGAGGAAGUUGAGCAAAAAGUAACUGAGAAUGAAACUAAGGACCCUCCUGGCUCUCAGGAAAGUCACAAAAAUGACUUGGAGAUGGGGCUUCAGGCAAUAGGCCCUGAAACAGCUGACAUGCCUACUGUAGAAGAGCCAGGGAGUCAAGCCAGUCCUAAUCAAGUGCCUGGGGAUGGACUGCACCGGGCUGGCUUUGAUGCCUUUAUGACGGGUUAUGUGAUGGCCUAUGUGGGAGUGAGCCAGGGACCCCAGCCCUGCAGCUCUGGACUCUGGCUACCUGAAUGUCACAACAAGGUAUAUCUGAGUGGCAAAGCUGUGCCCCUCACAGUGGCCAAGAGCCAGUUCUCCCGAUCCUCCAAAGCUCACAACCAGAAGAUGAAGCUGGCUUGGGGCAGCAGCUGACCCAACUUCUACUUAUCACUCAGCUCCGGAAGGAAAGCUGAAAAAACAGUUGUUUGGAUCUCUAAUCUGUCAACGUCACACUCUCAACCACUAUAGAGUAGGGGGUGGGGAGUUCUGGCUGCAUUGCCCCUGGACCUUUAACCAGAGGCUGAGGUAUAAGGGUACAAGAAGGCUGACCAGCACCUGCAACACUGACUUUAUUUAUUUUUUAAAUCUGAAAGUGUCUUGGGAAAGUUUUACAAAAAAACAGAAAUGAGUUAUGAAAAUA